AUGGAAUUUCUUCUUCCAUUUAUAGCUAAUAGAAACACAACAGGAAACGUUGACAUUUCACCGGAUGAAAGAAGCAAUACUAUUGAAGAUAACUUGGUUUUGCCUGCAUCGCAAGACAUUACUGAAGGAGCGAACGAAAACACACAAGAUGACGAAGUGGACCAGGCGGAAGAACCACAAUCCAUUCAACGUUCUAGAGGCAAUACAGUCGCUACUCCUGAUACACCAAAUAUAGGUGCCAAAAAACGAAAAAUUGAUAUUAUGUUACAGAACACCUUGGAAAAUCAUACAAUACGAAGCAAAGAAAGGGACGAAGAACGAUAA